AGCUGGGUUGUUCUAGUUUUAGCUGUCAGACGAAACUGAAGGAGAUACGCAUGCAUCGGUUAGUUUGAUAUCUACAGCAAUGAUACAUCAGUAUUUAGAGCGGACAACAACGAGUUCUUUGUUCAAUCUGAGUCAAGGGAUCAGCUUUAAAUUGAUGUUAUAAAUGACUCAUCCCUCUUGAAAAGGCAAGAUACAAUAGUUUCGGUUUCAGUGCUUCCUGGCAGUAUUUGACAGACCAGAAAAGAUGUUUCUGCUGCACAAUGUGGUGUAGUUCAGUGCUGACUCGAUGUGAAUGUGCUAUGAUCACCAGGUAGUCUGACUGUCGCCAGCAGAUAUUAAAAUUUCUUGCGUGCCAAGACAACAUUCAUCGACUGACCUAGUAAUAGCUCCCGAGAGGCCGGUCGCUCACGUACGGACAUUAGCUGCAAAACUGAGGCUUUCAAGACACAACUGAAAAUGGCCGGCGUCCUCGCCUCCUUCUCACCUGGUUUCCUCCGUUUUAAUCAUCUUCCUUCAGUUUUACUACACUCCGCCAUUAUUUUGUUCUGUAGUUGCACGUCUACUGCUUCAGCUCAAGACGGCAAGAUGAAGUGUACACCCAUGUCAGUGGUGCGUCUUGAGGACACAACUCUGACAUGUCAUUUCCCCGAGGACCUCAGUGUCACCAAGAAAGACUUCACAGUCUACCAUUAUAUCAAGGGUGGCUCUCCAGAUGCUGUUGUCGACUGUUGGUGGGUCCGUGGCGAAGUAGGAUGUGCUGUGAAAAAGGGCUUUGAAUACAACAAGAUUGUAACGACAAACCUUACAAUUACACUGAGAAGUGUGACACCAGAACUUACUGGCACAUACGCUUGUCAAGUGGCUGGAUAUGGACCUGAGUCUUUAGAAACUUGCGAGGUUGAACUCGAUAAUGCGUGCACUAUCACAUAUGAGACGUCUGGCAGUGGAGCAAACGUCACAUGUUCCUUCAAAGAAGAUAUUCAAGCGACAAGCAGAAACUUUUCUGUUUACAAACUCACUGGCUUUGCAAAACAAGCAGGCGGUAGCAGAGUGCUUUUGGAAGGAGAGACAGCCACAAUGUUGGGCCGAAAAUGGCUACAUCUUUGACUAUUCGCACCUUACUCUGUGGAUACCAGAAGUGACGAGCGAGAAAGACGGCAAUUACUCCUGUUGGCACGCCACCUCUAACGCCGAAGAGCAGAAAACGUGUUUGCUUGACGUCACUGGCAAAGGUUUGCUAAUGGAAUACACGGUCCAACGUGCUGAUCAGCUGGAUAACACGGCUUUAGCUGUAGGACUCACACUGCCAAUAUUGGCUUUACUAGCAACUGCAACCGUCCUCAUUGUUAAAAAUAAAAAAAAAGUUCUGUCUUGGAUUUCUACCUGUAGACACCGUGAGGAGGAACCAGAGGGUGCAAAGGAGGAUGUAUCGUUGACCAACGAUCCUGACUACCAGAUGAUCACAAAGCGGUUUCAGGAGUACCUGGAAAGUCAAACACAAUCAAUGUUUCCGAACAUGCUUCAAAAACACAGCUUCUACUUCGUGCCUCCAGUCUACUUUAACAAAACUCGAUACAGAAAAGAGAUUUACUAUGGUCAAGCCGUUUUUGUCCCUGAACCAGUUGACGCGAAGGACGUCAGAUACGACCAAGCCAUGCUCCACGUCUUCACCUGCUUACAUGACAUGGCGAAACAUGACAAGAAAAACAUGUUUGUCCUGACACAAUUCAAAUACGACGACUACUUAAAGAACCUGGGCAGUGAGUUUCAGAGACAUCGCCUGCCCGUUCCUGCAGGUUUUACUGAAGAGAACCAAAAUAUCCAAUGCUUCGAUCUUAUGAUCGUUCAUCGCCACCAUGGUGUGUUGGUUGGCGUGGUCAAAGCUGUCGGUGACAAAGUAAUUCAAGAUGAUCAGCAACCGCUCAAUGAUAUGAUUGUCAAGGAAGUUACUGACGCUGUUAAACAGCUAAAGAAGGGAGCUGACAUGAUAAAACAUCUUAUGUCAGAUCAAGAACAAAGUCCCAGAGUUUGCCAGACCUUGAUGCUACCCAACAUGGCCAGAACAACACUCCAGCGUGUUAUCGCUGAUCAACCAGGUCUGGUUCAGGGCAUGCGUGAGUGUUUGGGUAAGAAUGAAGUAAGCGACCCCACUGAACUCUGCCUGUGUGCUGAGGAUCUGGAAAAUCCCCGUAUGCUCAGUGAUGUGAUUAGCAGAAUGCUGACAUCUAACAACACAGAGGAUGGUGUCCCUAUGACUGAUGAACUGUAUAUCAGAAUAUUAUCCAGGUUUUGCGGACCGGCAACGCAAUCAGCCCUAGAAGGUCAAUGUCAGAGUAUGUAUCUGCCCAAAACUCAAGUAGAAGCCGUGUCCGUAACAGGAGACUUGUAUCGUCGUCCGAUAUUGUCUGAAGAUAUGUUAGAUUUACUUACGAAAGAAAGGCUGUUUCUGGUUGGCCCACCCAACACUGCUACUGAGGCUGGCUGGAGAGAGCUGGCGAGCAAGAGGUCACGAUGUUUUUGUUGUCAGCGGACCCUCUGGUUCACGUGACUGGGCAUUCCUCAACCAGUCGACACAAAACAUUGAAGGGUCACGUAGCAACAUUGCUUCACCUGGCUCAGUCGUACAAAUUAACUGCAAUUUUAAUAGCAAGCCUGAGAUGGAAAUGAGACUAAGCACGUUGAUCAAUAACAAAGGAGAGAACCCUUUGUGUGUGGUUUCUGACGAUGUAGACAGUAUAGGCUCCUGUUUCAAACUAUUCUGCGAGAAACUAAGACAGCAGUGUCCAGAUCUUCUCCUGUGGGCCACAAGCAGCUCUGAGAACAAUGUACCAGGCGGCUGGGAGGUCAAGACCUUCACUCAGACCCUCAACUGUCCACCUGCAGUAGCCAGAGAAGCAUCACGUGCAGGAGCCAACUAUGUUGUUUCUUCUCCUCGAAACCAAGCACCUUGCUUCCUGUCUCCUACAGACGGCCCGGAAGUUGAAUACAUUCACCACAAAAAGGGGAGGGCAUUAACUAUCCAUAACUGUACUGACUGUGGUCGGAUAGUGGCUCAGACUCUCCUACAAAAAUUCAUAAUUAGAAAAGACAUAAGUGUGCCUACAGACGAGGAGACUAUGUCAGCAAGUAAGCCCUUUAUGUCAGGUGAAGAGGAGUCUGUGACCUCAAAGGGUUCCGUCCUUGGAUUCAAAGACCUGCUGGUCCUGUAUGAAGACAGAAGACAACCGCUGAUUGACGGACUGAAAUCAUCAGGUAUCCCAGUAGGCAAUUUACAGGCUGAAGGAAGAAAUGAAGUUUUUGACGAGGAAAACGACUUUGCAUGUGUCCUGCACAUUGAUCAGCUGACAACCUACAGACCCCGCAGAAAGAUUGUGGUGUACGUGGAAGACAAAAAAUCCCCUCGGGAUCCUCGCAAGAAAUGGCGGGGGAUCACAAGCUGCACAUCACAGUUGAUUGUAAUGAAAUGGAAUCCGUAAUAACAAGUAUUAGUUUGUUUUCUAUUUUUUUUUUCACUUCCUUUUCUUUUUAAAUCUGAUUGUGUGUUUACAUUCCAGAUGAUGAUGAUGAGUAGGAAUUUAUAAAGCACUAUAUCUCAGCAAAGAGCGGACACAUUUUUUCUGAACAAAUGACAACAAAAUUUAACAAAAAUGGAGAACAAAGAACAACCUGAGAACUCGCUGCACUCCAGCAGCAAAGAUAUAAUUCAAUAAGAUAUAAUUCAGUUACUUUUUCCACAUACAAUAUAUGUUUAUCAAAAUCGUUUUUUCUCCUGUUGCGCGGUUGUCUCCACUUCCUACAUGGAACAGAUCCCCUUUCGUUCGUGUAGCUCAGUGUCAACUGUUUUCUCCCCUAACCAAGUAUAUUUUCAAAGAAUGAGUGUUCUUCUAGUGGCGCAAGUAGAGAAUUUAUCCAACUGUUUUCCUGUUGACACCGUUCUGUUCAUAAUUAGGUUCAUUGUACCAGGAGUACACACAUUUGAAUAUUAGUAAAAACACUGAGCUUUAAAGGUUCUCGCACGGCUCAGGAAAAUAGGGUUUCUUAAUCCAUUCUGUCUAAAUUGUUUCUGUUCCAUCAGUCUAUUGUCCUACUGGCAAUUUCCCAGCUAAGAUUUAUUAUCAGCUGAUAAUAAAUUCUUAUUGCAGAUAAAGCUAUACAUGAGGUUCAUUCUCAUCAGUUGUCAGAUUUUUAUCAGUGAAAUAGCAUGCGUGAUUGCGACUUGUUAAAAAUUAUUUUCUUCAAUGUCUAGAAGUAUCAUAUCACCUAUGUUAGUGUACACAAUACGGACACAAGUCUAUGUAAAUUUUAGUCUUGGUUUUCUACAACUGUAUUUUUCCAGUUAAAUUUAAAGUGAUUUGUGUUUUCAAAACUGCCAAAGCAAUUUGUAUCUGCUGUGUAUAAAAUUUUACCUUGUAAGCUCAGACCAUAUGGAUGCUCUAAUUUUUGAGAAUUGAGAUCUUAAAUGGCUUUUAUCAGUUUACUUUACUUAUUUAUUUGUUUUCAUCCACUAACAAAACCUCUCCACAAUUUUUUUGAGGUUUGCUAAGAAAUGUUACCACGUAGCAUUUUAUGACCAAUCAUGUACAGUGGGCAUGUGAUGAAAGUUAGUCACAAAAUGUUUAAGUCAGUUGUUUUCAAAUAUUACUUAUUUUCCCGUUUUGAUUUUUUAUAUAAAUCGAUAUACUACAGUAAGAUAAUCCAAUAUUUCCCCAAAGAGUAUGCAUUUAAUGUUUAUACUUUUAUAUUUAAGUACAUUUUUUUCAGUGUUUUCUUACUGACAAGUGUGAACUGCAUUUAUAUGGCAUAUGCAUUAUCUACAUUUCUUUCUAUUUCAAGCAACAAUCAACAUUCAUUUCUCUUCCUUUCGCUCAGCCUCUAAUUUUGAUGUCAGUUAAUCAACCAAUCAACAAAGUAUAAGGGCGAUCAUUUUAUUUAUACAGAAAUGUAUAAACAAAUUGAAAAAGUGUGUGAAUAAAAAGCUGGGCAAAACUCAGAGA